AUGGCGGAGCAUCUGGCGCGGAUCAUUGGAACGGAGGAGGACAGAGUCAACUGCCCCUUCUACUGGAAGAUCGGGGCUUGUCGUCACGGAGAUCAGUGUUCAAGGUCCCACUACAAACCCUCCUCUUCGCCAACCAUCGUCCUUCGACACAUGUAUCCAAAUCCCCCUGUGGCGAUUGCCAUUGCAGAAGGUCAAAACGUCUCUGAUGAACUUUUAGAUGAAGCUGCAGAUCACUUCGAAGCCUUUUUUUCGGAAGUUUUCGAGGAAUUGUACAAGUACGGCGAGGUCGAGGACAUGGUCGUCUGCGAUAAUAUUGGAGAUCACAUUAUUGGAAAUGUUUAUGUGAAGUAUUCAGACGACGAUGCGGCAAAAAAGGCGCUUUCUGCUCUCCAGGGACGCUAUUAUGCUGGAAAACCUAUUCAGGCUGAGUUCACGCCAGUCACUGACUUCCGAGAGGCCCGCUGCCGCCAAUUCGUAGACGGUCAGUGCCGCCGUGGUGGCUAUUGCAACUUCAUGCAUCUAAAGCACGUUCCCCGCUCUUUAAAGCGAAAGCUUUUUAAUAAGAUGUAUGAGGAGCAUCCAGAAUAUAGAGAGAAAAGCACUCUCUGCACAGUGCAGUUUUCAAUUGAUGGCUCUUGUGUCGCCUUUGCCUUCAUUGUGCAGCUCAUCGAGCCUUCAUAG